UCGAGUGCCCGGAAGAGUUUCGUCGCAAUGCCCGCCAUGAAGCGCCCCGCUGCCGCCAUGGAGACAUCUGCUCCAGCGGUCACCGCCACAGCUGGGGAGCUCCAGCGGAUGCUUACGGUGAUCGAGGAGGAGGUGCUGCCAAAGACGGAGAAGGCGGUGCAGGAGGGCAACAAGGUCUUUGGAGCCGCGGUGCUCAAGGACGCAGAGGACUUGCCCACCGUUAUCGCUGAGACGAAUCAUGAGAUGCUUUGCCCCCUGUACCACGGGGAGGUGUACACCAUCAAGCAGCUCAGCGAGCUGCCACAGGAUCAACGCCCGCCCCCCGAGCAGUGCCUUUUCCUCUCCACGCACGAGCCGUGCUGCAUGUGUGUCUCGGCCAUUGUAUGGGCCGGCUACAAGAAGAUCGUGUUCCUCUUCCCCUACGAGACAACUCGAGAUCAGGGCAUUCCCCACGACCUGCAAAUCAUGCACGAGCUGUGGAACGUCGAGCGGUACCAGGUGAAGAACAAGUUCUGCUCCUCCAAGAGCAUUAAGGAGCUUAUCGAGGCACUGCCGAAAAAGGAGCAGGCCCCACUGAACGAUCAGGUGAAACGUAUCACGGACAAGUACAGCGAUCUUUCGACGAAGUAUCAUACAGAGAAGACAGCGAAUGCCAGCAACACUUUGGCCUUCGGUUGAUGGCAUUGCUGAUGGCACGGUGUUGCCUUCUAGGCGCCAUAGCAAAGGACUCGGACCAUACUUUAUCUGCUGAUGUUAUUCAGCAAAUACUGCAACUCCAGCCCCAAUCACGGGGCAAGUUGGGGAUCGAAGAUCCCAGUGAGACGAUUCACAAGGCGCAUCGAUUG